AUGAGUUGUGCUAGCGUCGUACAAAAGGCACUUCGACCUGUGAAAGUGUGUCAUAUACCUUACCGAGUCCCGUAUGGUAUCGGUUUGCAACUCCAGGAGCAUUUGGUUAACCGACGUGCUAAAGCACGUGCUGUUCUUCGUGAAGCCGCUAUCCCAGUGCAUGAGCAAAACCGACAUGGCUUGUCACCAGAGAUGCAGCGGCAUCUUGAUGUGGCACAGACUGAUGUCCUUUUACUGUUAGAACAUACACCUGUCUACACACUAGGACGGCGAAGUGAUCAGGCUGCGAUGGGUGCUAUACUCGCAGCCCCGCAUGUUGAUAUUUUCCAAACAAAGCGUGGCGGCCUACUGACGUAUCAUGGGCCUGGACAGCUUGUGGGAUACCCCAUUCUUGAUCUCUGUCUUAUGAAUCUUUCCACUAGGUGCUACGUGGCCAAGAUGCAGACUUUUUUACGCAAUGUCCUAUCGCGAAAGGAGAUCAAUGUUCCCACCAUUGAAUCUCCCUCAGAAGACUCAAAGUAUACUGGUGUCUGGACUGAUCCGACACGCAAAAUCGCCUCCAUUGGUGUUCAGGUACGCCAUCGUGUGACGUCCCAUGGGUUUGGGUUGAACGUUCACAACGAGGCGCUGGAGGGUUUCAGAAAAGUAGUAGCAUGUGGGCUUCCCGAUGUGCAGCUCACAAGCAUUGAUGAACAACUGCUUAAGUUGGGCCGUUCAUCUACAUUAUCUCUGCACGAUGUGGCCUGUAUCGCCGCUGACGAAUUUGGCUUGACAAUGGGCCGCUCCAUGGAAGAUGCGGACGAUGCAUUCAUUCAUGUUGUCUAA